AAAAAGGAAAAAGGAAAAAAUCAAUAAUAUUAUGAUGCCAUAGCAGACUGCAGAACAUAGGCAAGUAUACUAAUUUCUGAUCCUAAGAAGUAGAAAAUGUAUUAAAUAUUUGGUAUACAUUUAUAUUUUAUAAUAUUGAUAGAUUAUAAUAUUAUAAAACAAUGCUAAUGUUACCUAUAUAUUGAUUUGGUUUUUUUUUUGUUUUUAAUUAUUAUUCUUAUACAAAUAAUUAACAUGUAUUUUAAAGUUUGAAUUAUAAAUAGUAAACACCAGCAAUUUAUUUAAUAUAUUUCAGAUGAAAUAAAUUAUGAGUUAAACUAUCUACCUAUUAGAUAGGUAUUUAUUAUUUAUUAAUAUUUUGUGUGUAAAGAAUAUUGAUUUAAAGAAGGUAAAUAUAAUUUAUAUAUUUAGUUUUAAACUUCAACGAGUAAUAUUAUACCUAAUUAAUUUCAUAGAAAUGGACAACCAACAAAUUUUAGAAAACACUGUUCCGGAAUUUUUUGCGCUAUCAUAUGCCGAUCAAGUAUUGGGUUCUAAUUCUGAUCAAUUAUCAGAUUGCACUAAUAUUAGUAAGUAGCCAAACAUUUUAUCAAGUAUAAAAAAGUAAAAAUACUGCCCAAGCAAUGAAAAAAAUUAAAAUAAUUAACUCCCAUUUUCUUGCUAAAAAAUAAAUAUAAAAAUAGAAUUUCUCACUAUAAUUGAGAUUAUUGGAUUUAGAAUCUAUAAAAUAUAUUUGUUUCAAUUCAAAUACGUAGUUAUGAAUAGAGUAUAAUUAGUUAACUUAGAUUGUAUUUGAAUUAAAUUUUGAUAAUAUAUUUUUUGUUAGUUUUAGAGUCAAAUAACUGUCAUCUUAGUCCUAUCAGCUCAUUAAAUGAUUUGUUAUUAGAAGAAACAUUGACAAUAGAUGAUCGAUCUUUUUUUGUUGAUGGUGAACAGGUAAACAAUUUGAUUUACAUUUAUCUAUUUGUUUUAAAAUGGUUUGUUUUUCAUUUACAGUUAAUUACCCUCAACCGACCAUCUGGUUUGAAUGAACAACAAAAUAAUGUCCAUAUAAUAUUAUCUAAUGAAUCUGAAAAACCAUUGGAAGAUCAAGAACUUAGUUUUACUACAAAUUCUGAUGAUUUUUUUCCAGAUAUAAACAUAGAUUGUAAGUUUUUUACAUCCUUAUUUUUUUAAAAUAAUAUAUAAUAUGUAUCUAAUAAUUUUACAGUUAGUAAAAUACACUCAGAUAAUAAUAUAGCAGAAACUAUUGAUGACUGUGAUGAUUUAACAGAACGUUUAGACAUUUUGAGCAAUAUUAAUAUUGAUGUAACUAAAAGUAAUUAUAGUAAUUCAACGGCUAUUCAAAUUUUAGAAGAUGUUGGCAACAGUCCUAUUGAUACAAAUGUAAGUUGGUUAUUACAAACAUUUUUUGAAUUAUAAUGUAUAAUUGAUAUGUUUUAUUAAGGGUCAUUUUGUAUGCAAUUUAUGUUUACACGAAUUUUAUAAUUGGCAAAAUUACAAAAAACACAAACUAGAACAUUUAAACGAUAAACCAUUCAAGUGUUUAAAAUGUUUAAAAUCAUUUAAUUAUAAUGUAAGUAAAUAUUAAAUAUAUUUGAUUGUUUUAUUUUUUUUAAGAAAUAAAAUAGGAAAUUAUGUGUUAAUAUUUUCAUACUGUCUAGUAAGUAGACAAUAUGUAGUUGACUGAUUUACUGUUACGGCACAUGUACAGAAAAUUAUUCAAAGUGGUUCAUAAGCAGGGCUCGGGACUUAAUGCACUUCAAAUACACAAUAAAGCUGUGAAAAAAAUAUUUAAAAAUGCAAAAAUGGUAAUAGGAUCUUUACCAUUUUUGCUUUUUUAAGUUUUGUUUUUAAUUGUUUUUAAGUGUAUACAAUUUUUCUAAACAAUGUUCAUAAAUUUAAAAAAAUAACAGUUUGAAAUAUAAAACUAGUAUAUAAUUUGUUAGAGGUAAUAAUAUUCAAAUUUACAGAGGAGUGAACCCCUAAAUUCCUUCCUACUGUAAACAGAUCUGUUAUGUUAUGAUUAAUUCAUAUAGUAUAAAAUAAAAAUACUUAUUUAUUAAGAGGACAUUAUACCCAAUAUGUUGUCUUCAUUUUCCAAAGAUACACCAUAGCAAAUUAGUAUUCAAUAGAGGCAACUCUGUAGUUAAGUUUUAAUUGACCUACUAUUAAACCGGAUCUACAUUUUUCCAUUUUUAAUUUUUAAGACAUCUAUGAGUAUAUAAAAUAUUAAAAUUUAAAAAUGCCUGUAUCUCAUUUACAAAAAAAAAAAAAAAAAUGGCAUUGUUGCACAGGUGUUCUUUUUAUAUUUUAAUUCAAUGAUAAAUUAAUUCACUAAACUAUAAGCACAGAGUUGUUUCUGUUAAAUAUUAAUUUGCUAUACUAUACAUGUGUAUGAUGAAAACAGCACAUAUGGGUACAAUAUUUUUUUAAAAUGCAUACUAAUUUUAUUUUAUUUUUUACAGAACAACUAUUUACUUCAUAUUGCAUCCCAUUUUCCAAAUAAUUUAAAAUGUCCACAGUGUAAAAAAGAAUUCAAACGCUUUGCAAGUUUUAAAGCUCACUUAAAAAUUCAUAGAACCGAAGAAUCAAUUACUUGUAAUAUUUGUAAUUCAAUAUUUGACAAUCAGGUAAAUAUUAUUCUCAAAUACAGAUUUAAUGUAUGAUAUGUUUAUAUUUGUCAAAUAUUUAUCUUAAGAACUGAUAUUUUAAAUUUUGUUGAUUCAAGAAUACCAUGUGGAUCCUAAAACAUGUAAUUUUUUUGUAUUUAGCAUCGAUUAGACAUUCAUAAGGAAAAUUGUGUGCAAGAAAAUAAUAUUAAUUCCAAUACUAGUCUAAAUAAUAUUAUAAAAGUAACCCCUGUCACACAUUAUACAACUUGCAAAACGUGUAAACAGUCUUUAUCAAAUAUAUCAGAUUAUAGAAAACACGUCAAAGAACAUAAAAAAGUUAGUAAACGUGUUUUUGUUUAAAAUUAAAUUAAAAAAUUAUAUUUAAUUAAUUUAUACAUAUAUAUUUUUUUAGUUUGAUUUAGUGUUGAAAAAACAAUAUAAAUUUGCCAUGAGAGUAAAAAAAAUGAUUAAAAAAAGGAAUUCAGUUAAACGGUUUAAAUGUGAUCAUUGUGAUUGGUCUUUUAAUAAAUCAAUUCUAUUACGCCGGCAUAUGAGAACACAUACUGGAGAAAAACCAUUUGAGGUAAGGUAUUAUUUUUCUAAAUUAAUAUUAAUACUACUUAUUUUUAUUUUUGAAAUAAUAUAAACUAACUUUGCUAACUGAAUAAAAAAAAAAUUGUCAAAUAUAUUUCAUAAUUUUUAGUUGUUAUUUAUUUCUAUUUUUUGUUUUGUUAACUAUUUAUAGUUUUACCUAAAUUAUAGCUCGUAUAUAUUUUAAAUAAUACAAUAGUUUGGCUUAUAAAAACUUUGUAAAAAAAAUAUACAAUAGUUUGGUCAUUUUAAUUUUCAUUAAAAUACUUAUUUUCUAUUAUAGUGUCCACGUUGUUCAAAACACUUUACUCAAGAAAAUUCAUUAAACAGACAUUUAUUGAAACACACUGGAUUACGACCAUUUAACUGUGAAUUUUGUAAAAUGAGUUUUUCUCAAAAAGGUGUAAACUAGUUAUUUAUUUAUUCUAUGUUAAAACAUAUUAUAUAUUUGUUUAUUUUUUAGGUCAUUUAAUUAAUCAUAUAAAAAAAUGUCACGCUGUUGCUAAAGAGGCAACACGAAUUCAUAAAUGCACUAUGUGUUCUUGUGUUUAUAACAGUCUUAAUGCGCUCAAUAAACAUUUGAAUGUAUACCACGGUAUGAAAACUAAAAAAUCAAAUAAAAAUGUUCAAAAUCAUAUACCAAAAUAUUUUGAGAAUAUUGAAAUAGAUUCUAUCGAUGAAACUAUAAAUUUAAAUAAAGGUAAAAUUAAAUUUAAAAAAAUAAUAAAGUAAAACAUUUGUAUAUAUUAUAUAUGUUUUAGAUACCACAAAUUUAGAAAAAUGGCUUAAUGAAGUAGCUCAAGAAUUACAAAUUGGCAAUGAUAAUGAUACUGAAUUAAUGUAAUUAAAUAGUCAAAUGUAAACAUAUUUUCCAAAAUGUAUUUUAUUAAUUUUUUUUUUUAUAUUCAGCAGGCAUUGUGAUGAUCAAAUUUCUGUUCCAUCUGAAUUUGAAUUAAAUUUAAUUGAAACUGAAGACUAUGAUAUUGAAAGAGAUUUUAACUUGUCUAAUUCAAAAAAUAAUACUGAAACUGACAAUUUAAAUUGCAUUUCUCAAAAUGGUAUACUUCAAAUUUUAUUUUACAUAUAUAAUAUUAGAGCUAUGUAUAAUUUGUUUAAUAUUAUAGAUAUAAUUUAUAUAGUUCCUAAGAAAAAUCCAGAACAAGCAGUGCCAACUAAAUAUCAUACUGUUGUUAAAAAUCAGGUAAUCAUUUUUAAAUAUUUGAAAUUUCAUUCAAUGAGUCUUAAUUAUUUUAUUGGGAGUAUAAACUAUUUUGCCCUACAACGCAAAAUAUGUAUUAUAAAAAUCCAUAAAGCAGUUUUAAAAUCGAUUAGUUUUUUAAUUUUAAUUUUCAAUAACUCAAACAUUGUAUGUUAAUUAUUGAAGUAGGUAAAUUUUGAUUUUCUUAGUACUCAUAGUACUCAUUUUGUCCAAAAAUAAUUUAUAAGGGUAGAUUAUUUCUCUUUUCUUCUAUAAAUUAUUGCACUUUUUUACUUUUCACAUUUACAUGUUAAACAUUUUGAGAACCGUUUAUCAAAAUUAAUGUUUGAUAUUUGUUUAAUAGUGUAUUAUUAUUUUUUAAGUACUUUAUAUAUAUAAAGUAACAUGUGAAAUAUUUUAGACAUUUAUCAUUACCCAGAAAGUACCAUGAGGAGGCAUCUAAGUAUAUUAAUUGUAACCACAGGUUGAAUAAGCAACAAAUAUAACGUUAUAGACUUACACAAGAUAUAAACUAUGGACAAUGAUGUGUAUAAUUUAGUAUAUUUAUUAUCAAGUUUUGGUUUGAAUUUUGGUAAUGAUUGAUUUACAUAUAUCAAUUGAAAAUCUAUGAUUAUAAAUUGUAUAUUAAUAAACUAACAAUGAUAACAAUAAUAACUAAUAUUACUGAUAAUCUGUUUUUUAAUAAAUUUAAAGUGUCAUCAUUAUUCAGUUGGUUCAAAGUAACAUGUGAUAAUAUAGUCAUUUUUACUAGUAUUAUGGGGGUAAAAUUUUAAAAGUAAUAGAAGGCUGUCCAUUUAUUAUGAUCUCUGGCUAAUGCUAAAUGGCUUUAUUAAAAAUUCGUCAAAAUACUUAAAUAAUAAUAAAUUAAUAUGCAAAUAUUGAAUGAAAAUAAUUUUCAUAAAUGGUUCUUGUCUAAUUAAUAAUUAUUUACCUAUUGUACUAACUACAUAGUUGAAAUUAAAAAUAUUCUCUGAAGAAUAAAAUAGUGGUAUGCAUGACUAUUGUAAGACUAACAUUAAUGUACAAAUAUAAAGCAUAGCCUAUGACAGUGAAAAUUGAAUAGAAACUAAAAAAACUUUGAGAACAAAUUCUUAUGAACAAAAUAUAUGAACUGGUGUUCAAUAAUGUAAUAAAUAGCUGGUGUAGAAGAAAAAAUCCGGAAAUACAAGAAAUUACCAAAAUACCUUAUAUAAAAAGCUUUGUGAAGGAACAGAGAAUUCAGUGGUUUGGGCACACAAUAAGAAGAUAAGAACUUAAUAAAAUUACAACAUCAAUUGAAUGGUAAUAAACAGGAAGAAUACCCAAAUGAUCAAUGGAAGGAUGGAGUAUAACAAAAUUUGGAGACUGGGAGAAAUAAAUGCAGGACUGCGGUUAUUGGAAGUCUGUAACAGCGACAGCCAAAACUCUUAAAAAUACAUGACAAUAAUGAUGAUGGAAUGAUUUCCAAAAUGUCCAAUAUAACAAAAUCGCUAUGUCACUGUAGUGACAUAGUUAAAAGAAGGCAAUUUUUUUGGGCAAAUAAAGGAAACUAAUUAUAUUUGAGUGAAAAUAGAAAGGUCAUUUUUGGGUGAAAGACCCAUAUAUUUAAGUUAUUUUUAAUUUUGUUUGAUGUCAUUAAAAUUUCCAUGACUAAUUUUUAAUGUUUUAAUUAUUUACUAUUUAUUACAUUAAAACGUGAAGAUUAAGUUGAAAAUAAAUACUAAAUUUAAAUUAUUUGAAGGAUACAGGGAAAAAACCAGAAAAAUUACUUAUUUCAAACUAAGAAAAACUGAUAACAAUAUUAUCCUUUUGGAAAAAAAUUACUUUUCUGGAUUUUCCUUAAACUCUUCGUUUAAUCUUAUAAAUUAUUAGAUUAUAUGCAAAAUAUUUACUGGGUUUUUUUUUUUAGACUAAUGUUUGUUACUUAUUAGUUAUUAGCUAUUCUAAAAUUUGUUUAUUUCAUUAUUAUACAGGGAAAAGAAUCUGCAAUGAAUUCCAUUUUAAAUGAAUCAAUACCAUUAAGUGUGGAAGAAACUAUUGAAAAUGUAGUAGUAAAUUUAAAUGAUUCAAUGUUAUCAAGUGUGAAUGAAACUGCUAAAAAUGUAAUAUUAAAUGAGCAUUUUAAUGAAUCAAUAACAUUAAGUGUGGAAGAAACUAUUGAAAAUGUAGUAGUAAAUUUAAAUGAUUCAAUGUCAUCAAGUGUGAAUGAAACUGCUGAAAAUGUAACAUUAAAUGAACAUUUUAAUGAAUCAAUACCAUUUAAUGUUAAAGAAACUAAUAAACAUUUAGUAAUAAAUGUAAAUGAUUCGAUAUCAUCCAGUGUGAAUGAAACUGCUACAAAUGUAAUAUUAAAUGAACAUUUUAAUGAAUCAAUACCAUUAAGUAUGGAAGAAACUAUUGAAAAUGUAGUAGUAAAUUUAAAUGAUUCAAUGUUAUCAAGUGUGAAUGAAACUGCUAAAAAUGUAACAUUAAAUGAUAAUUUUAAUGAAACAAUACCAUUAAGUAUGGUUGAAAAUAAUAAACAUUUAGUAAUAAAUGUAAAUGAUUCGAUAUCAUCCAGUGUGAAUGAAACUGCUACAAAUGUAACAUUAAAUGAUAAUUUUAAUGAAACAAUACCAUUAAGUAUGGUUGAAACUAAUAAACAUUUAGUAAUAAAUGUAAAUGAUUCGAUAUCAUCCAGUGUGAAUGAAACUGCUACAAAUGUAAUAUUAAAUGAACAUUUUAAUGAAUCAAUACCAUUAAGUAUGGAAGAAACUAUUGAAAAUGUAGUAGUAAAUUUAAAUGAUUCAAUGUUAUCAAGUGUGAAUGAAACUGCUAAAAAUGUAACAUUAAAUGAUCAUUUUAAUGAAACGAUACCAUUAAGUGUUGUUGAAACUAAUAAAAAUAUAGAAUUGAAUGACAGUGUUAAUGAAUCAAUACCAUCAAGUGUAGAAGAAACUAUUAAACAGAUUGCAAUAAAUUACAAUAAAAAUGAAUCAUUACCAUCAACUAUUAAAAAAGUAGCAAUGAAUGUCAAUAUAAAUAAAACAACAUCAUCACGUAUGAGGAAAACAAUUAAUAAAAAGGUAGUAAUAAAUACCAGUAGAAAUAAAUUAAUGCCAUCAACAAGUAAACAGGAAACUAAAAAGGUAGUAUAUUUAUUAUUUAUUAAUUAAAUUAGAAACUUAAUAACUUUUUCAUUUUUAAAUGUUAAUAGGUAUCUCCAAGACAAAAAAAUAAUCCUAACAAAAUAUCGAAAUCUGAUACAAGCACAAAAUUGUAAAUAAAUUUGAUUUAUAGUAUUAUUUAUAUUUUUAUAAUAAUUUUUUAAAUUUUAGAUCUAAGAAAAAUAAAGUUCAAACAUUAAAUUCAAAAAAGAACAGUAGUAGUAGUACUUAUAAUACGAAUAAUAAAAUAGAACCAAAAGUAUUAUAUCUACCUAAUAUUUCUACUAAUGUAGAACCUAAAAUCACUAAAAUCGUAAGUUACUAUAAACUCAUAUAUUAAAUUACCAAGUAUCAUUAUUUAUUAAUUAUUUUAAUACAAAUAAAGAUUCCAAAACCGGAACCAAAGGUUUGUCAGUACUGUGGUAAAAUAUUUAAAAAAAAUGCUGAUCUCGAAAGACAUAAACGAAUACACACUGGUGACAAACCUUAUAAGUGUGAUGUAGAUGAUUGUAAUAAAGCAUUUGCUACUAAGUCUUCACUUGAUUAUCAUGCAAUUACUCAUUUGGGUAAAAUGAAACGAGCUGUAUGUCCACAGUGUAAUGGGUUAUUUGCUACCUCGUCAUCUCUGAAAAUUCAUUUGCGACAACAUUCAGGUAAUUCAUCUUGUACCUAACUAUAGGUUACCUAUUUAAUUAACCUAUUUUUAUGUAAAGAGAAACUGUCCAUUUUAACCACUAUGCAUAAUAGGAACUGAUGACUCGUAAUUAUUUUAAUCGUAACAAACAAAUUAAAUUGGUUUUAAUAACAUGUUUAUGUUUAAUUUUAUCAAAACCCAUUAAUUAUUUUACAAUUUCUAUCAUAUUGUUUAUUACUGGGAAAAGUUAAUAAAGCUACUUUUAAAGAAUUAAUAACAUUAUUAUUGUAUUAAAUUUUACUACACAUACCUAUUGUUUUAAUAUGUGCCUUUAUUUUUAGGUGAAAAACCUUAUAAAUGUCCUGUAUGCGGGGAUCCAUUUCGAACAAUUGGACACUUGCAUACACAUGUAAUAAUUCACGAACGGAAAACAAAACGCAAAUAAAUAUUACAUACUUGUGAAGAAUUUUUAGAAAUAAUUAUAUUUAUAUAAUAAAUAAAUUUGUAUUUUGAUUUCACUAUAAAAA